AUGCAAGAAAGAAAUCAGAAAGGAAUAUUUGGUGUUAUUUACCUGAUCUCAUAUGUUACUAGAAGAAUUAAAUUAUUUCUAUUUAUUAUUACUUAUUCUCUCUUUUCUUUCUCGCACAUUCUCUUUCUCCCGCUUUUUCUCUCUUUUUUUUCUCUUCUCUCUCUCCCCCCCUCUCUCUCUCUCCCCCUCUCUCCCCCCCUCUCUCUCUCUCUCUCUCACUCACUUAUUUUUUCUCUCCUAUUCUUUCUCUUUUUCUGUUUCUCUCUUUUUUGUCUUUCUGGCUUUCUCUCUCCUUUUCUUUUUGUUUAUUUCUCUUCGUCUGCCUUUUUUUUUGUCACUCUAAUUUUCUCUCCCUUUCUUUAUUUUUCUCUUUUACUUUCUCUGUCUUUUUCUUAUUAUCUCUCUCUCUCUCUCUCAUUAUCUCUUUUUUUCUCUUUAUCUCUCUCUCAUUUUCUCUCUGUCUUUUUCUGUUUCUCUCUGUCUUUCUCACUUUCUCUUUAUCUCUCUCUCAUUUUCUCUGUCUUUUUCUUUCAAUCUUUCCCGUCUUUCUCUCUUUUUGUUUCUUUCUCUCUUUUUGUUCCACUCUCUUUUUCUUUUUCUUUAUUUCUCUUUCUCUAUCUUUUCUCAUUUUUCUCUUUCUCUCGUUAUUUUUCUUUCAUUCUCUCUCUUUCUCUUUAUCUCUCUCAUUUGCUCUGUCUUUAUUUUCCCACUUUCUUUUUCUUUCAAUGCUUUCCCUGUUUUUCUUUUUCUUUCUCUCGAUCUCUUUCUUUCCAUCUUUUUCUCACCAAAUUAAAAUAUUGCUGUCUCCAAAUGAAAAUGUCAUCGUGA